CCUACACCUAGGGACCACCAGCCGGUCAAGUGAAUCCAUCACCUAAGCUUAGUACAUGCAUUCCGGAAUCGUCAAACUGUUUUGGGCAUCCUCGAGCUAUUCUUCGCCAAGCUGCGCUCUUUGCAUCGCCUCUUUGUGACCCUCGACUUCAGCCCCCCAAUUGAACACCCGCUACAUCUCUUAGCGAUCGGGUCAAGCGCGUCAUCCCUACCUCGAGGUCAUCGACCAAUCCACCCGCACGGCCUACCAUUACAUAGUCGGCUAAGCGUCCCAGCGUGAAUCCCAAGAUGGCGUCAGUCGAUCACGAUCCUCUAUUGCUCCUGCGGGGGUCAAUCGCAUCCAGCAGUGCCAUCAUCCCGACAACAUCCGCCGAUACCUCUUCCGACAGCAGCACCGAAGUGCCGCUCUCCCAGGCCACUCACCUUCUGUUCACCCACCCAGCCCGUGUCGCCAUCCCCAUCGAUGCGCCGACGCGCUUUGUCUCCAACGGCAGCCCUGUCGACCUACGCAGUAUCUAUUUUGCGUGGUUGAACCAUGAAGUCGCCAUUCCCGAGUAUAACGCUUCCGCUACCAAGCUCAACGAGGAACUGGGCGGUGCCGGCGCGGUCCACAAGUUCGCCUUCGUCGAGCGUCUUGAGCUGAUCGCCUGGCUGGAAGGUGGAAGUGAAGAGAGCGAAUACAUCAAGCCGCUGGCAGGCGAAACAGGUGGGGCUUCCGCGACUGGAGCUGCCAGCACGGCAGCCGCUUCCAAGGCCGCUCCUACUGUUUCCGCGAGAUCUGGUCGUGGGACACUAGACCCUAGGCUGGCCCAGAUUUACAACGGCGAACGGCGCAUGGGGGAUCGGAACAGUGUGCUCAGGGGAAUCAAGCCCACGGACUUCUCACACGUUCGCAAGCUCGCGCAAGCCUUCAUGUCGAAGAAGCCCGGGCCUACAGCCAUCACGAACAACCCUGCUCUGGCCAUCAACCAGAAGCCCGCGCGACGACCUGAUCCCAUCAUUCUCCUUUCGCCCUCCGCCUCUUCACUUCUCCGCAUGUCCAACAUCCGAGACUUCCUUGAGAACGGAAGGUACACGCUGCCAGAUCACAACGCUUCCAUUUCGGUGCUGCACGUAUCGCGCAUGAUGAAAGACAUCGAUCCUAACCGGCCCAUGCGAUUCAUUCUCGUCGAAGGCCCGGAGCAGUUCAAGCCCGAAUACUGGAACCGCGUGGUGGCUGUCUUUACAACCGGCCAGGCGUGGCAGUUCAAGAACUACCGCUGGAGCCAACCAACAGACCUGUUCCGCCAUGUUCUAGGUAUCUAUGUCGGCUGGCGGGGCGAGCAGCCACCUGAAAGUGUGCGAUCGUUCGGUCAUCGGGUUCUGGCUACCUCCGUUGACAAGGUGCGCGAUCCGGCGGCGGCGGGCGCAGAAAACCGCUGGCGUGACCGGGAGGUGGUGGAGAGCAUUUGGAAGGCUAUUGAGGGGAACAUGCGUUCUAAGGGCUGGCGCAAGGAUGCUGCCCCGACGUCGAUAUAAAUACAACAGUCGUAAUCUUUCGUCGGGCGUGGAGGUGGAGGACAGGAGAGGUAUUCCGCAAUUUGGGCCCACAAACAUCGCGGUAUGUUACGGAUACGCUGCCCUCCGGAUGAUGGCCUCUUCCCUCCUGAUAUGCUCUGCCCCUCCAAAUUUCAUAGAUUAAAGCGUGUGCCGCGUUGUAUAUGGUCUUCCUAUCGUGUGUUUUAUUAGAUUGAUAGGACAUUAUUUAGGCGUUCAAGUGGCGUUUUCGAGAGGGUUUCGAGACGUUCUUGUCUCUGGAGAAGAGAGGAAAUUGGCGGGCCUAUGCGGAGUUACAGUUAGGAAAUUUUGAUCAAGAGACACCCAUUCUGCUAGCUUUUGUUGACUUUUCAAAGCUCCAAUCUUCGU